CAGUGACUGAAGUCUAUUUGGACUGUACACGAGUAUCAUUACCCACACUCCCUGUAUAAAUGUCUACCCCCGGUCCAUCUGAAUCAUCUCGCUCGCUAAAUUCUCAACAAGUACUCGAAGAAGAUGAGUACACAGCAGCCUUGUCUCACAUCAUAGCGAGAGACUUCUUCCCUUCUCUCGUGCAUCUCGACGCGACCAAUGAAUACCUUGAUGCUGUGACAUCGAGAGACCCCCACUUGAUCAACGCAUCCGUGCGUAGAUUACAAGAAGUUAACAGUACCCCCGCCACCUACCACGGACGACCGUGGCAGACGCCGUCCGCAACGCCCUACGGUGCUGGUGCAUCCGAGACACCGCUACACACGCCACGCGGGGAGCCAGUGACGAAACGCCCGCGGUAUAAUACAAGCAUGAGUCUAGACAACUUCCAGGCACGGUACACCUCGGAAGACAACGCUAGCUUUACACAGAUUAUGGAUGAGGAGAACCGGAAAAGGAAGGAGAGGUGGGGUUGGGCAUGGGAGGCACAGAAGAGAGUCGAGGAUCAGAGGGAUAGGAUGAUUGAGGCGAGGGAGAGGAUGAUGAUUGAGCCUUCUCAAGCACCAGGUGUGAAAGAGAAGUUUGUAAUCAAGGCCCCUGAUGUCGCAGGACUCAUCACGCAAAGUGGAGAGUCGUCGAAGGAACCUGAAGGUAAAAAUCAAGAUGCGAAGGACAAUGAUAAGGGAAAGGGAAAGGAGGUGGCCAUCCUCAGUGAAGCGGCCGAGGAAGGCGAGCCUAUGGACGUUAUGGCGCCAAGGAAAGAUACUCGUCCGGCUGGUGUUGAUGGCUGGAAUUUCAAGGCUCGCAAUUCUCUCAUGUUCUCCCCUGAUGCCGACAUGUCUCCGUACCACCCGCGUACAUCGAAAGCUAAAGCAAGCGAUGAUCUCGGUAUCAUAACGCAUGUGAAUACACGUCUAACAGAACAAGAUGAAGGGGAUUCUCAGUCGCGAGCUGCAUCUGCUCCGCCAAGUCCCACUCGCAGUCGAAUUGAUGCCGCCAUCACUGGCACGCCGUAUCGACCGCGGUCCCCCAUGAAUGAAUUUUCGCUUGUACCCAGCCUGCCUUCACCUACCGCUGCUGAGCUGGGCCCUUCUGCCGUUAAUCAGCUCAUGACAUGGGGGACCCUAAAUGCAACUCCACGGAUAUUGUCAAAGUCCGAUGAUCCAGCAGAAGCCUUGCCACUGCCUAGCACACCUUUCCAUAUUGCUGCGCCGUCGAGCCGCGAGGCAUUAUCUCACAGGUUAUCCUCACAUGCUUCAAAAAGCCUUCGCGCGAAAGCUAUUCUCCUUGGGGGGCCGACCCCAAUUAUCGGACGUACACCAGCCCGAGGAAGUUCCUCAAAGUCAGGUUCUAUGGGCCCUCCAAGUUGGACUCCGCGGAGAGCUGACGCACCUGGCAAUCUGACACCUGCAGCAAAAAGAUUGUUGGAUAGAACUACGAUGGGUACUGCAGCAGCGAGAAGGGCGGAGGCGAUGGGUCGAAUGUCUAGCUGGGAAACGAGACAGACUGGGGAAAGGGAUCUCAACCGUGUGCGAUGGACACCGACACCGACAGCUCGGGGAGGAUGAGACCUGACCCACGGAGAAGACAAAUGAGCAUAUAUCAUGCAUGCUUCUGGUGUUGUAUCUAGAAGGCAAUGGAAUAUCAAGACUGAGCAGCGUGUUCUUGAAUUAGA